AUUAGCAAUAUACCAAUUCCUCCAUCUCUUCAAACUAUGAAAGAGAAGAUGACGACCACCAACAGUGCCGCCGCUGCUGCCACCAUAGCCCCUGUCUUUGCAUCGAAGAGCCAGGCUUCGCCUCCUCAUACUCCGAAAUCUUCGGUUCACUCUCCGGCCAGCAGUCAUGAACGCUUGAAAUCAACCUUGUCUUCCCUCACAAAGAAAAACAAGGUUGGAGAUGAAGGAAACAAGCUUCUGGUGAUGAUUUUUGUUAUGGGUAGUGCUGGCCCAUUGAAAAUGGUGGUGAAAGAAGAAGACAAGGUGGGCGAUGUAGUGGCUGCUGCUCUUAAGCUCUAUGCUCGUGAAGGAAGGCUCCCUGCCCUUGGUUGUAAGGCUUCCCAAUUUGAACUCCACUGCUCCCACAGCGGAUCCGGAGCCCUAGAUGAAUCCAAAAAGAUCGGAGCAUGUGGAAGCAGAAGCUUUUUGAUGUGCAAGAAAAGCCAGGAGAACAAUGUUGAUGAUUCUCGUAUUGGUGGAAAACUUAGAAAGUUAAGACCGAUGGCAUAUCACCUACACAACUGUUUUAGUUUCUGAUGAUGCCUUCGCUUCUCAUGAAACCGACCUGAGUUAGAUCUCCUGUAAUAGAUCAUAAUGCAAAAUAUUGCAUCAUCCUCUUCUGUACAGUUCGGACAGCUCAAUGAAUGCACACAGCAACCAGUGUUCUGCAAUACAAAACAAAGAUGAUAAAGAAUCCUUCUCAGAGAGGGCUUUCUUUUAAAGAUAGUGGGUUGUUGCAGAAGGCAAAUGAAUACAGCUUCUUACGUAAAAUAAUCUGGAAGAACUAGAAAAAUUGUCUUGUUUCAGGACCUAGAGGCCAAAGACAGUAUCUAGCAGAACUUAGCAAGGCACCGACCUCUUGAAAAAGGUAUGGAGGCAUACGGAUGUUUCCUAGCAGAUGAAGAUUGGACUGCAAGAAGAAAGGCAUAAGGGAGCUUCUAAACCCUUUAAUCAACCUAUAAAUAAAAUUCAGAUGUGAAAUAACCCAGUUUGCACAAUUGCACAUGAAUCACAGGGUUCACUGCACCUUAAGGUGCUGAUUAGCACACACGAACUCUACAAAAACCCUUGCACUUGAAAUUGCAAUUGGCCCCACCCUUUUAAAUUGGGGA